AUGAAAGUCAAGGCCUCAACAGAGACUGAAGCUUCUGAAGACUUGAACCUCCCCAUCGGUCUGUCUUCGACCCGAUGUUCUGCGGAUCCCCGUCGUCAAAGAAAGAGAAGUUCAAUGCUUUUUGGUUGCCCUAAGCCAGCACCAGAUCCGUCCUUGGUGGACGAACCAUCUACUGCUAUUGGUUUGGUUCACUUCGCGCCUGAACCUGUCGAUGAAGAAGUGGCUUUGAGCCCUUGGAUGACCAUUGGGGUGAACUUCAAUAUUUUGAUUUUAUUUGGCAAUUUUGGUUUUUGCUUGAACCUUGAUCUGAGCAUUGCUAUCUUGGGAGUGAACGUGCCAAAGACGAAGAAGACUUUCUGCAAAUCAAAGCAGUGCAAAAAGCACACGCUGCACAAGGUGACCCAAUACAAGAAGGGCAAGGAUAGCUUGGCCGCUCAAGGUAAGCGCCGUUAUGACCGCAAGCAGUCGGGUUAUGGUGGCCAGACAAAACCCGUCUUCCACAAGAAGGCAAAAACAACUAAGAAGAUUGUGCUGAGGCUGCAAUGCCAAGGUUGCAAGCAUGUUUCGCAGCACCCCAUCAAGAGGUGCAAGCAUUUUGAGAUUGGUGGAGAUAAGAAGGGCAAGGGAACUUCACUUUUCUGAAUGCUCACUCUGUGUAAUAUGGGGCUUGUUGGUUUUGCCUUUGUUGACAGGAUUUUACUCUUGAUGCUAUAUCUUUUGUUGUUUUCUUCCUGCUAAACGUUUGGAUGGAAUAUUAAAUUUGAAUUAGCAAACUCUUGACUAUGGAUUAAGUAUUUAAUGAUUUUGCAUAAUUUAAUGUUUUGCUUUUGCCUUUGUGAUGUAUUUUUCACCUUGUUUAUUAUCAUAUGCUCAAUGGUCAGACAUCUUCAUGUUUAAUUAUUGUUUCCAAGGGUCUAUUUAUGAUUUGGAGCCCAACUUGGAACUGGUCUGACCUGCGGAGUUUGG